UGGUGAAAAUGCGCUAAGUAAUGAAGAUGCAUGAUACAUAACUAAAAAAAUAUGGAUUAUCUGUGAGAUGAAGCAACAGAAAUGAAAGUUGAAAAACGCGUAAGGAACUGUCUAUAAAUAAAUGCGUAACACAACAACGCGUGUAGGUAAAAAAUAGUCUGGAUGAUCUGUAACUUCUUCUUCUUCAUCCUACCUUCAGAUCAACUCCUUUACAUACCCGAUAUCCGAUCAUAAUCCCUGAAGAAGAAGAAGAAAUCUGGAAUGGUGUCGUCAGAUUCUCAUGUGCUUCCGGUUUCCACCACCACCAGUCAGCCCCCAACCUUAACCGAAUCGCAACCUCCAGCCGUCCGUGCAUUUAUGAACCGCUUCACCGAAACGGUCCGUGAUGGUCUGUCACGUAGCCGUCCAUGGUCCGAGCUCCUCGAUCGAUCCGCCUUCGCCAAGCCGGACUCUCUUUCCGAGGCAGCCUCGCGACUCCGGAAGAAUUCCUCUUAUUUCAGGGCGAAUUACGUCUGCAUCGUAUCUCUGAUCCUCGCUUUCUCUCUUGUCGCCCAUCCAUUCUCUCUCGUCCUCCUCGUCUGCCUCGCCGCUUCUUGGCUCUUCCUCUACCUCUUCCGUCCAGUCGAUCGACCUCUCAUCCUCUUCGGCCGAUCUUUCUCUGACCUCGAAACUCUCGGGGCCCUUAUCCUCUCCACAAUCGCAGUCAUCUUCUUCACCAGCGUUGGAUCUGUACUCAUAUCUGCCCUCUUGGUCGGAAUAGCGACGGUCUGCGUUCAUGGUGCCUUCAGAUCUCCUAAUGAUCUCUUCCUUGACGAGCAAGAUCCUGCCGCCGCCGGUUUCCUCUCUUUCAUCGGUGUCCCUACUACGUCUUCCGCCGUAUAGUGUGACCAGAAUCUAAUAGUUUUUUUUUGUGUGUGUAUCGAAUUCGACUGUGAAGAAUGAAGAUUGUUGUUAAUAUGAUUUCUUUGUGAACCCUUCGCCAUUGUUACACUGUAAUUUCUUCA